UGCUGUUUUCCAUGAAGGCUAUGGUGAGGUGCGGUAGGUGGUCGUCUAGUAGUAGCGUCUGUAGGUGCUAACGGUGACAGGGAAUGAGUACAUUUCGACAGGCGUGUAGGAUGGGACUCGAAUGAUUCUAGUAGUGCGGGUCACGGUUGGAGACCGGCGUCCGUACACUGUGUAGGGCAACGGCACCUGGCUAGGUCGCGGCACGAAGGGCACCUUCUCCCAUGGAACCUCGUAUCUCCUCUGUAACCAGGAUACUUCAAGCGAUUAACUGGAAUGAAGCUUGUUUUGUUUUGAACAUUGUGUCACGUCAUUCUGCCAUCAUUAGCUCCUUAAUUUUUAGAAUGAAGAAAAUCGCAAUUUUUGGUGCCAGCGGGAUGACUGGGCUGGUUACCACUGAGUAUGCGCUGAAACAAGGUUUUGAAGUAAGAGCACUACUGCGAGACCCAGAAAAACUGCCAGAAAGUCUCCGAAGUCAAGUUGAAGUUGUGAAAGGAGAUGUUACCAAUCUAGGCGAUGUUGAAUCAGCUGUCAAAGGCAGAGAUGCCAUCAUUGUCACCUUAGGCACUCGAAACGAUCUCAGUCCAACAACUGUCAUGUCUGAUGGAUUGAAAAACAUUAUUCAAGCAAUGAAGAAGCAUGAGGUUUCAGUCAUAUCCGUUUGUUUAUCAAGUUUCAUCUUCUUUGACCGUGAAAAAGUGCCCCCAAUCUUCAAUGAAAUAAACGCAGAUCACCUUCGUAUGCUAGAAGCUUUACGGUCCGAUGGGAGCACUCUCAAAUGGAUUGCAGUUUGUCCUCCGCACAUUGCUGAUACCCCAUCCUCUCCGCACAAGAUUAGCAUUGGCUCCUCUGCUGGACGUGCCAUUUCCAAACAGGAUCUGGGGAAAUUCUUUGUUGAUGCCUUGAGCAAAACCGAAUAUUACAAUCAAUUAGUGGGAAUCGCCACAGAAGUGCAGCAGUAAAUAUCAAUUUUUCUCAGCUUUCUAUUUACUUUUAUAAUGUUUGCUUUUCAAGGAAGUAAUGUUUAUUGGAGGUUUAAUGAAUUACUGCUUCUCUUCCCAGAUGAUAUCUUUUCUUUGUAAAAUUAAAGUGUUGAAGGAACAAAAUAUAACUCAUUCUCUUAUUUUUAUGUGAAACCAUAUUUUUAAGAGAAGAUAGGUUCAUUCUUUUUUAAAGUGAUUAUAUUUGUCCUCUCCACGAUUUGCAAGAAAUCAUCUUUCAUAAAUAAUUUGAAAUGUCAUUUUUGCAAAGAUAGAACAUGCAAGAGGCUACUUGAAUCAAACCGUAAGUGAGGCUAAGUUAGUCGGUUUAAUUUUAAUUUACAAAAGGAAGAAAUGAUAACUAUUAAUUUUGGUCCUCAAUCUAGGUUUAAGUAAUGGUUAGGUUUAUGUAUGGUGUUGUAGACAAGACUGAAGCUUACAAGACAGUGCAGGGUCACUUAGCAGUUGUAGAUUCAUGUGCUGGUUUGUAAUAAAAGUUAGAAGAGAAUAUUCUAUAAAAAGUAUUAUAAAAGAGAAUUGCAAUUUCUAAUUUUGACAGGGAUCUGCUGGCUUCAGACUAGGCUCAUCUUGGCAUUGUUCUAAUUGUUUCAAGCUAAGGUCUCUCCCCAUUCCUUGUCUACCUGGCACUCUGUCUACAUACUUGCAACACAAAAUUUUUGGACUGAUUUCAAUGUUUAUUUCCACUAAUUUGGAUAUGGCUCGCAAUGUAAAUAAAACAUAUAUUUCAUCUUAAAAAUGCACAUGGGUCAGUUAUUGUAUCUUGAAACUAAUAAACUUUAUUUGAUAAGCACUGAAGAGCUGAAAGGUUUUUAUGGCACAAUAACCUACUGAUAUAAUUACUCAUAUUUGUCAUCAGGAUUGUUAGCUGAAUCUAAAUUCAUGAAAAUAAGAGGAGAUUUGAGAUUUGUCAAUAAAAUUAGUGCAGAAACUUUUUACUUCCAGUUAGGUAGAGAGCCAGGUUGGCAAGAAACUGGCUGGCAAGGACAGAACCUAGGUAGACCUAACUGGAAAAAAUAAAGGGGUGGGGCUAGUCAUGGGUCAGCAAGUCCUCGUCAAAAUGGAACAUCGCAAUUCUCCAUGUGCCUGAGGGUGCCCUUUUUUUACUCUAUUUAACUUAUUGCUCAGAGUGUUAUAUAACUUCACUCACAAAAAUGCACACAAGGAGUCACAACUUGCUAUGUUCAGAGGAGUAUUUCAUCACUCGGCACUUUUUUUUCACUUUUUGAUUGUCUGAGCAGACUUACGGUGUAAAUGAUACAGAUCAUCAUCUGCUUGAUGCUUGUUAUUUUAUUAUCUCUUUAAACCAUGGAACUUGUGUAUCAUACUUGAUUUGUUCUCUCCAUUUAUUGUAUUUGUUAUCGAUUUUGAAAGUUUUGGAAAUAAAGCUUUUAAUUUUUUAAA